AUGGCAACUAUACUACCUAGACGAGUAGGCUUUGUAUGCCACUCAUGUAAAAAGUCACUGGCCACAAAGGUCAAUCAACGAUCAUUUAGUGCUCUUGACGCAAGCUUUUCGAGUCGCAAGUUGACCGCCCGACCGUAUCGUUCAACAAUCUCCUCCCUAACACAAUCUCGAUGCGCUUCACUAUCUGCUGCUAAAGCCACACACGCCUCACCAACAUCAGGUAGACAGCCUUCGCACGAACCAGCAGAAGAAACCGACGAAGCAGAGGACGCCGCGGCCGCGGCCGAAAUAGCAGCCGCAGAUGAAAUCUCCUCGAAAGUCAUAACGCUGAACCCAGCCGCAGUUCUUGUGUCGCUAAAGCAAGACAUCUCGAAAAUCAUUUCGACAGACGCAGUACCCUCUCAAGAAAACCUAAUCAUUCUCCUCGACCUCGUGUACCAACUCGCCAAUGUAAUUGUCUUUGGAAUCAACAAAGGCCCAAAUGAAGUGGAGAGCAGACAGGGCGAGAACCUGGCCGACUCGGUUCUUCGCGACCUCGCCGAAGGCAGAUCAAAUGAACCAAUAUAUAUCGCCGAGAAGGAGAUGUCGGCACCGUUUCGCGCCAGUGCAGCCGACACACUCGCUGAAUUGACGUGGAAACUGGCUCGAGACCCGAAGGUCUUCAUCGGCCCAGAUAUCCUCACCAUCUACACACGGGUACAAUGUCUACUGGGGAAACCGGAGUAUCUGCCUGAAAUAUUCAACCUUUACGCGCACAAAAAAAUCCCGGUUAGGGAUUCAUCACCAGUUACAUACUCUAAUCCGUGGUCAAGGCUACCCAAGUAUGCAGUACCGGAAGCCAUGGCAUAUCUCGCACUGCAAGCCGCGAUCGUAAAGAAAAAUCUUCCCCUGGCAUUGGCCAUCAUCGACACGACGGUCGCAACGCCGGCCUACCUCGCGCAGCGGGUGCUGAGUCGUGCCGCCAUCCCAUUACUGGGCGUAGCUGCCCUCCCUGCCGUCGCAUAUGCCGGCGCAUCAUGGGUCGCCAAGACGCAGAAUACGAUGGACUAUGAGAUGGCCAAGUACACGUCAAUUGCGGCGGCGAUGGCGUACAUCGGAACGUUAUCCACGAUCGGCUUUGUCGCCAUCACGACCAGUAACGACCAGAUGGAGCGGGUGGUGUGGCGACCGGGUACGCAUUUGAACCAGAGGUGGUUGAGAGAGGACGAGCGGAAAGCCUUCGACCGUCUGGCCCUCGCCUGGGGCUUCGAGAAUAAAGGAAGGUGGGGUGAAGAGGUUGGUGAGGACUGGCAGACACUCAGGGAUGAGUGUGGUGCGCGCAGCAUGAUCCUUGAUAAGACGGAUUUGAUGGAGGGGAUGCAGUGA